GCAAGAUACACAGUUCAAAAUUUCCAGUAGUAGACGUGCAAGUAAUGUUGCAAUGUGCACUUGGAGUUGUGGAGACACUGUGACAAACAUGUGACAUAUCACAGAAAUCCACUGAAUUUUGAAUGCCACCCACCACCAGUCAUAUCUGUUCUCUCGUGACGAUAAUACGUCAAUAUCUGACCAUCUAAUCAAACCAGUGGUGAUCAUGCAACGGAGUAUGUUCGGUGGGGAGGACAAGUGGCCGAAUCGAGGACUUUUAAGAAAGGGACACUUUAUCUCCCUCGAGGAUCUGCGACCGAGAGCUGAACACUGUUAGUGCGCGAGACGGGGACGAAAGAUGUGCAUGGAGCUGUCGUUUUCCGCGAGCGAGGGAGCCCCGUUCCGUCCGAGUCGAAUGAACCAUGUCUGCAAGGCAAAUCAUUGUUCUCGCUGGACGAGCAGACCGUUCGCGAAUACGUUCGAUGUCGAAAGCAAACGGAGAGUUACGGACGGACGGACGGAAGGAGGUCGUACAGUUCGACGCAGCCGGUCGGUCGACGGUUGCCAUGCUCAGAUCGAUUUGACUCACUGAGCGAGUGCGCGGAGCGUGGCCCCGUGGCCAAGUCAACGUGCGCGAGGCGCUUGUACAGACGGAGUGACCGGAUCGGAGCAGCUCCGGGCCAGCGGAUGCAGGAGCGAGUGAGCAAAGCCGAGCAGCAGCUCGCAACUCCGCAGCCCACGGACGACGACGAGCACGAGCACGAGCACGAAGCCAGGACGCUCGAUCACGACCCGGCGCCAUCCGGAACAGGGACGAGCUCAUCAGCAGCAGCGAGUGAAUCGAGCCGAGCCGCUCCAUGGCCCGAAGGCAGCUUCCUAACUCCCAGCAGUGUCAGUAUGAUGGAGAGCCCCGUCAGGGUCGUGAGUCGCAGCUCUAGCGCAUCGACGAGCUCUCGAUAGACCCAAAAUCGUUCCCGAGAGCGAGAGCAAGAGCAAGAGAGAGAUAGAGAGGAGAGGAGCUGGGGCGAUCGAGGGCAUGGGGAGCGAGUGAGGAGGAGGGGCCACAUUGCGAUCGACGGGAGGGCGAGGAGCAAUGCGGCGGGCAACGGGCGGGGCGCGGCACGGGGCGUCGCGGCGAGUGGGCUACACGCAAGUAUGCUUCUUUCUGAUUCUGGGCAUCGGAUCGCUGCUCGUGUUCUCGUACCAAUCGGAAAUCUACGUGACGCUGGCGGGCAAGGACGUGUUCGCGGGCGGGCCGAAGCUCGCGCAGAGGCCGCUCCGGCGCACCUACAGGCCCGAGAUCAAGGCCGAGAAGGAGCCCAGCCGAUGGCGCCUGCAGACGCCGGUGGUGCCCGUUACGCCGCGCUCGGUCGAGGAGGGCGUCGUCACGCAGCGCAAGCUGGAGUCGAGCGAGCUCGCGCCCCCGCUGCCCUCCGUACGGCCGCGCGUCACCGGCCUCAGCGCUGCCAACGGCUCGAGUUCGAAUGGGCCUCCGGCGCCGCCGGCGCGCAUCAAUAAGAACGACAAGAAGAAGGCCGUGGAUUUGACGAACAAGGCGUACGUUCCGCUGGAGGAGAAUGUGCAUAGCAACCUCAUCGGCACCGAGUUCCGGCUCGUCAUCAAGCUCCUGGCCGUGAACAGCUACGGCGCUCUGCUCCGGUGCCUGAAUUCGCUCAAGGAGACGGACUUCGCGGGCGAUCCCGUCGACCUGCACAUUUUCAUCGACCAUUUCAUCAUCGAUGCCGCCGUCGAGUCCCAGAAGCGGCCGCGGAGCAUCCGGCGCAGGCGUUUGCAGUCGACUGCUCGCGCCGAGCGCAAUGUGUCGUCGUCGGCUAUGGAGGAAGAGGAGGAGGAGGCGGAGGGCGUCGAUGACGACGGCGGUGCUCUGGACAAUGUCAGUGCGAAGGCGGAUCGGGUCCUGAAGAAGAGGCCGAGGCGCAAAGUCAAGCGCUCUGCCACGCGCAAGCUGGGCAUCGAUGUGGCCGAAGUUCCCGAGGAUCCCCGGGUUCCCGAUAAAGUGGACAAUUAUCUGGAAGCUGUCAAUCCGAACGACUGGGGCAUUAUCGAAAACAAAUUGCGCGACCUGAGGAGAGUUUUAGGGCUUGCGGACCGAUGGGAGUGGAAGUUUGGGCGCAAGGUGGUGCACUACCGGAGCCAAGCGGCCGGUUACCAGGAGCAGUGGAUUGACUCGUGGUGGCCAUCGUCGGACAAUGAGUUCGCUCUUGUCGUGGAAGACGACAUGGAACUGUCACCGCUCUUCUAUCGCUACGUGCGUUCUAUCAUUUCCACAUACUACUACCAGCCGGCGCAUUACGAUCCUUCGCUCUACGGGAUCUCCCUCCAACGACCGUCGCUCGUGCCUGGGAAGAAUGGCCAGCCCAUCAAGGUGGAUGUCAGAACGCGUCUUUUUAUGUACGAGAUGGUCGGUAUCUGGGGACAGGUUUUCUUCCCCAAGCCAUGGAAAGAGUUUCGUACAUGGUAUGAAACUCACAAGAGCCACGAUCAAAAGCCAUUGCUGGAAGGUAUGGUGACAACAGAUUGGUAUAGGGAGUACGGGGAAAAGAUGUGGACACCAUGGUUCGUCAAAUUCGUGCAUGCCCGAGGAUACUUCAACAUGUAUACCAACUUCCUCAAAGAUCGAGUCAUGAGUGUCACUCACAGGAGUGAGAGCCCGAAGACGAAGAAGUACGCAGGAUGUGACUCAGACUUGAUCUGGAGCAACUCAACGUACGAUGUAGACAUCUUUCACAUGGCGCCCAUGAACACAAUCAAACGAUACGACUACUGCUUCAGGGAGGUAAAGGUGGGGAGAUUCGCCAACAAGUCGACCGAUAUAUCUCAAGUGCUGCGCACCGUCCACCAGAACAACGAGGUGUUGAUGCUGAGCACUGUGAACGUAGCGGAGCCCCUUGUAAGAAACUGGGUCUGUUCGCUCAGAAAGCUCGGCAUAGUCAACUACGUGUUCUUCGGAGACGAUGGGGCCUUGCUGCAAGAUCUGGCUAGAAGAGGGCAUGCAACAUUGCAAUUUGAAUUCAGCGAAAGACUGACAGAGGACGGCGAGAAGGAGGUUUACGCUGUUUUGACUGCGCUGAAGCUGGGAUACGACGUUUGGUUCUCACGGGCGGAUAUGAUGUGGGUAGGAAACCCCCUGUCUCUCACUGAUGUGUCUGCAGCAGACAUGGUUGGGUUAGCCAACCCGAAACUCAACAUGUUCUAUAUCAGGAGCACGAACGAGACACUUGAUGCUUGGAGCUCCUUCUACAAGCAGCUCGACGUAGCGGUUACGAAAGGUUCUAGACAGCUCAAUUUCGAAAACGCCAGGGAGGCGUUCGUCCAAAAAUGUGACGGUGAGGAGAAGUUAAGGUCACAGCCACUCGACAAACUGUUAUUCCUGAGUGCGGAAAAACUGUCUGCGCUUCCUUCCGACGACGGUACAGUCCCAGAUUCGCAGGUGCUUCUGUUCGGUGAAAUGAGCGGGUGGACUCAUCGUGAUUUAUCUAAAAGAGCCACUCUGCUGAACCUGUGGAAUCUGGAUGAUGAUUUGGUCUGCACCCGCGUGGUCUGCUGAAGAAUAUCGCGACAGCUAGUCGGCCUGCUCAAUGCAAACGAGCAAGCUACACAAGCAACGAUAGAACUCGCAGUUGUCCUGGUCCAAGCGUCGGAGAUCAUUAACGGACAGGUCCACUUCUCGACCGACGACUGUCCAGGACGAAGCGGGCCCUUUAGGAUGGUUGACGGGAGAUGGGCGCUUACAGCGGUGGGAAGCAGGAAUAUUUCGUCACUUUAUAGAUGUACAUAAUUCGAUAUGAAGUUGCCCAAUCCGCACAAGCCUUUUGCCCUCCCACGUACGUGUCAACUCUAUAUUAUUACUAUGUUCGCCGACAUUGCUCUUGGAGAGCAUGGCCGGCGGCUAUGCACUCUCGUACCUUAGCUCCACUGGAAGUUCUUUGGACUGGCAGAAGCAAAGGUCCUGCUCUGGGCCUUGUGGGUCGAACUCUAAAACGAAGAGCUCCUAGCAACACGUUUGCUGUACUUAGUCCAAAUCCAUGUACUGAUCAUCUCAUGGACUAAAGUAGUGAGGAGACGGGAGUCUGAUCCGUAGCACUGCCUCUUGACUAUAUUCAUAAGAAGGGAUCGUCAACGAGUGUCAAGAUUACAUAGAUCACACUUUUAGAUGGUUCUUGUUUCUGCCAUUCCUGAAGUGUGGAGCGUUGAGGUUGUGUUCUACGUACGUCACAUGAGAGUUUGUAGUCGAGACAAGCCCUUGUCUGCAGACGCCCAGAAUUGUGACCCGGCUUGAAAAGCGGGCCAAGACAAGAUGAUGCGUCUCGACGGUUAGUUGAUGUCAUGGUUAACGAGGCAGCAUUCGCUCUUUGCUUCCAGAAGCAUGCCAUGAUUUAAAUCAGGAAUUGAUUCAUGUACUGCGGUGUCUUGACGGGCCAAAUACUUUCAAGUUGGCCCUUGAUGAAUCUUGAGGUGUAUUUACCGAAAUAUGGCUGAAGAUGAGACCCGAUCCGAACCAAUGAGUAUUGUUUGCAGUUAUGUCUUUCAGUCAGAUGGUAAAACGAGUGCUGGUAAAGGUGACUUGGGAUUGCCCUUGCCUUGCAUGAUCUUGGCUGUCCUGGUGUGGGAGUCUUGUCUUUUGUCACGGGAACGAUUGGCCCGGAUACCCGAGGGAAAGUUUUGAACAACUGUAAUAUGGAAGUGAGGCUUGCUGUUCGAGUCAGAUGU